UUUAAGCGGGAAAUCUGUUUACACUUGGUGUGUGUGGCGUGUGUAUGCGUUUUGAUAUAUGUAGCUGACUAGCUGUGAAUGUCAAUAGUUUGCUCGCCCAUAGAGUUAAAAAGAAGAAAUGAAGGGCCAUAUUCAGGUGAUACUUGGACCUAUGUUUUCUGGGAAAACAACUGAACUGAUGCGAAGACUUAAACGAUACCAAAUUGCAAAUUACAAAUGUCUUGUUAUUAAGUACAAAUUUGAUGAUCGUUUUGGCAGUGAAGGGAUAUUCACUCAUGAUCGUCAGACUUGUUCUGCUGUCGCUGCUGUCCGACUAUGUGAAGUUGAUCCAUGUGGAUAUGAUAUCAUUGGAAUUGAUGAAGGGCAAUUUUUCCCAGACAUAGUGCGAUUCAGUGAAGAUAUGGCCAAUAAAGGGAAGAUAGUGAUUGUGGCUGCUCUUGACGGAACAUACCAACGCCUUCCAUUUGGUGAAGUACUCAGUCUAGUACCUCUGGCAGAAAGUGUCAUCAAGCUAACAGCAGUUUGCAUGGUGUGCUAUGGAGAGGCUUCAUAUACCAAGAGGACUAGCAGUGACCAAAAGGUUGAAGUGAUUGGAGGUGCAGACAAGUACAUGGCCGUGUGUCGCCAGUGUUAUUUCCAGACAUCCUUAAUAAAAAAUGAAGAACUUAACAAAAAGUGUUCUCCAAUGAAAGCUUUAAAUUAUGAAAGUAUUACAAAUCGUUCUUCAAUAAAUUGUGAAAAUGUGGCCAAGAUAUGGUUGUGACACACAAAUAAAUUGUAACUUUGUUGCAUUUUUAAUGUGAAAAAAUUCUCAGAGCAAUAUAUAUGAAUUAGUUGAAAGUUGCCAUUGAAGAAGAGGAGGUGGGUUUGCCUGCUGGACCAAGUUAUGACUAACUCCUGGAAGGUGUUGAAAAUUGUAUUUUAGAGAAUGGACACCAGUUGGAUGACAAAGUUUUUCAUAAAUGACGACAUGAAUCAAAUACAGAUUUUAAUUUUGUAUUAAUAAAAGUAUUUUUAAAAAAAUCUAAA